UUUUCUGUAGGCGGUUUUUCAAAAGAAGAAAAGUCCAAAAAAAAAGACUCCGAACUGCUGUAAUUUGCUGUCAUUUCCACUCACUGGUGAACCAUGGCGUCAAAUAAAGACUGGUACAUGAAAGAUGUGUUUCAUUGGAGGACAGGGGCAAGUAUAGCCUGGUCUAUGCUCUUGCUUCCACCAGCUCUAGGGGUUUAUAUCUGCCUGGCCCAUUUUUCUCUCCUUCAUCCUACAGCAUGGCUUAUAGGAUGGAUAAGGACCUGCUUCUCUUUCCAUGGUAUGAGCUGUAUUUUCCUAGUCCUUCUGUGUUCAUUAUUUGCUGGAUUCAGCAAUGCAAUGUCAUAUAUUGCGGUUCCCUACAUCCAUAGGAACCGGGUGUCAAUCAUCCUGUCAGUCACACGGCCGCCACGCCUCCUUCAUGCAGCAGGCCACGCCCUCCUGGGCGGGGUCACAGCCUGGUCCUGUUGUAAGCUGAUUGGUGGCAGCUACCAAGAGCUGUCGACACGGUGUAACGGGGAGGAGAGUGGGCUGUGUCUCAAUGAACGCCACCUCUUUCUUGUCUUGUUUGGGGCUUUCUUGGGAGCUGUAUACAGUGUUGCUUACUUUCUUCACAGACAAAAUCUCCUGACUUUCAACAUUAUACAGCAGGUGAAGUUCUUCCAAGUAAAGUCUAGUGUUCCGCAGUCGGUCUUGAAGAACUCUGUUUGGGCCCUCCGUCUGUGUGCAUACUACUUUGCCUUCUAUUACUUAUGCGGUUGUUUGUUCAAAUCCUGGCUCCUGACCAAUCUGCAGCUCCAGGAGCUUCCGAUCCCUGUGGACUCCAUCAGAGGUCUCCUGGAUGUCAGGCUGCUAUGGCAGGCAUGGCUUGUGGGAACCAUCAUCACCCACCUAUGGACUUUCUCUCUUUAUUUGUUCAAGGUGUUCAAUACAGAGGUGUACGAGUUCCCGAUAGAGACCGCUUUCAGCACCAGUGAGGAGUGCACCCUGUAUCGGGCUUUGGGUCAGCAGAACAGUCCUCUGGUCAAGUACCUGGCUUAUCAAGACCUAAGCAUCCUAGCUGAACACUCACCAGCCAGGAGAAAACAGAUCUUCACUCUGAGUCAGCCAGGUGGUCACCCACACAACUGGACAAGGAUUAGCUCAGAGUGCCUGGCACUGAUCGCCUCGCUGACCGAUCGGUUGAUUGUCCACCAAGAGUGGGCAGCAAACGGGAUCAACAGGGAGAAGAGGAUGCAGAUAGAGGAAGAAAAGAAGAAAAAGAAGAAUCAGAGUGGGAAAGACACACAGAGAGCAUCUAGCAGUACCUCCUUCUACUCGACAGCAACCUCCCCUGGGCCUCACCAGCGUAUUGCCACCCUGUCCGCCACCCCCUACGGUACCCCUGCUGACUACCCCGCCCCUGGGUAUGGCACCCCCAGGACGCCAGCCCGUCAUAACGCCAGCUAUAGCGCCGUCACACCUGGCCGUGGUGACAGCGUGUGGGUUGAUUCCCCGGGCAGUCAGAGCUAUGUCCCUUCAACCAGGAGACCUAUCCAUGAGCAAUAUAGUGGUAUGUCCCCUCAACGGCCACCUUAUCUAUCAUUCAGAAGACCCUUCGUCUUCCUGCAGCCCCGGAUCGCAGUCAUCAGACAGCUGCCUCUCUACCGAUAUUUUGUGGACCCGUUUCCCGAGGCUGAUAAUCGCUUGCUGUUCACCGACACACAGCUCCACAUAUGGGCUUUAGAAGCCUUGGCUUCGCUGGUUGCAGCCUCCUACACUGAGGACUCUUAUGGAGUAGUGCAGAAAAGUUUGCCAGACAUACUCACUGAAAUGCUUGCCUUAUAUAAUGCUCUAGAAAAGCUUCUGAAGCUUCCAACACUCCUGACCGCUCGUGACCCCCGUGAACUCAAGGUCACCAGGAUAGGCCCCGCUCACCCGGAUGAUCAGCUACGUAAUGAUCUUAGAACGACCGUCAAGACGUCACUUCACAGAAUCAGCUCCACCUUCAGCAAACAUCUCAAGAGUGUUCCACUGGCACUAGAGUACAAAAAGCAGCUGGAUGAAUUGAUGGAUUACAAAAUAUGAAAAGAGAGAGGUCUUACAUAUGAUGAUCUCAAGAUAACAACAAACAAUUUAUACGUUCUUUCAGAGUUGUACAUUGACAUACGGUCAUAAUUGAGCAUGACGAUGACUGCUGAUGAGUUUUUCAUUUUGCUUGUCCGUGCUGAUUUUUUGAUUUUGCUUGUCUGUGCUGAUGACUUGUUUUACCUUCAAGACUGAUGGGACCAUUAUACCAAAGAAAAUAUUGAACUUAGGUUUCUUUGUGGUUGUGUUGAGCGACAAAAAUAGAGAAGCAGUGCG